GGUUAAAGGGUGUCUGAGAACAUUUCGCCGAAGAGAGAGAAAUGUGGUCGGGACAUCUAUAGUAAAGAGAGCAUUUGGAAGACCUAGGCGUGAACGGUCGUUGGAGACUCAGGGUCUGAGGAUCCAUCCGCCUGAGAAUAGUGUCCAGUGGACAGUCGGAGAUGUCUGUCGACCAGCUGCGCGACUGUCAUCUUCUCAAGAGGGACUCUUCAGCAUGACGUCAGAAUUGCACGAGUUGAAGUGACCGCUUCUCAGAAUGAAGUCAGAGUUCGCGAUGCCUGACAACAGUCUAAUAGGAAGAUAGUCACCUGGACUGAUAGACUGCUUGCACUAACUGCGGUCACACUUAAUAAUUUAUUUAUAUAUUUAUACUUAAUUUAACGACGCUUUUUCAGUGGCCCAGGUGUAUAGCGCCGAAUAAGAUGAUGAUAGUGAAUAGGAAAGGAUGUGGAAGGAAGCGGUCGUGGCCUAAUUUAAGGUACUACCCCAACACACUUAAUCAUCAUCAUCAUUACGAACUGUGUAGGAUUGGACUUCGAUGGCCGUUCUUAACUUGUGCGCUUGGUGCCUUCAUAUUUUCCACGGCAGGUCAGAAUACUCUCGUCUCACUGGUCUGAAAUCCUGUGCCAGCUUCGGCUACAAAUUGCAGCUAAUUCUGGUUGUGGUCCAGGGUCAUGAUCGUCACUUCUAAUGCUUCCGUGUCUGAGAGACAUUUUACUGGUGAUUCUCCUUGCGCCUGACCCCAGUGAAGGUCGCGGAAACCUAAUUUGUUCUGCUUCAGUUUGCCCUUCCUUAAGGUCCAGGCAACGCACUCGUGUUCCAGGCCAGACGAUGGUGACGAGCGAUGCAGGCCUAAGCCUAUCCUCUUUUAAAUUCUCUUUUCGUUUUCUUCUCUUGUUUGAGACAAAUCUAGCUGAGCUUACUUAAGUUCUAUUGUUUAAUCAGUACUUUUAUUAUCUAGAGUAACUUUUAAGCAAUAAAUUUUGAUUUCGUGCAUUCAUAGAUUAAAUUUGGUUGUCAGACACGUUCACCUACCAGUCAUUAGAAGUUCUUCGUCCAAAGAACGCACAUGACCGUCUGUCCGUCCGCGUUAUUCAACCCAACACCUGCCGCUUUACCAUGGUUUUCUCUGGUUACCGCUUUUCCACUCGUCAAUUUUCUUAUCAUUUUCCCGCUGGGAAAUAAUGUUGCGAGAGACUUCGGUUCUUUGUUGUGUUUUGAAGGAGCCCGUUCACGAAGCACGGACUAUAAAGGGUCUUCAGCGCGAGACAGCAUUUCCGGCCACUACGACACGCAACCAUUAUUUUCAAAUUCCUUUAUACGUGAGCUUUGAUUGUAAGAAGAGUCGUGAUGAGCGGCGAGCUUGAAAUAUCUGUUGCCAGCUUCAAGCUCACAUUUGUACUUACAGAAAAAAUAACAUUUCACGAACAACAGCUCAUACCAUUUCUUGAUCGGUGUCCGUUAGGCAACGUAUGAAGAGUCCACCUCCCCACAAAGUGCCAAAGAUGUUCGAGAAGGACAAAGGAAGACCACUCUUUGGAUUUCAUGGCGACUUUACCUUGACAUCAUAUGCGCCAUAGAAAAAAAUCAAGGUUGUUUGUAUUUUGUCUCAACACCAAGUCAAAUCGAGCAUGGUGAAAAGCACGCAGUCAAACCAGAGAUUGUUUCACGGUAUAAUGAACCGAAGAGUGGCGUACGUGUUGACGAAAUGGCAACGACAUGCAAACUCAGACUGUUCUGCAGCGUGAAAGCAUUUCGCUGUGUCUUCUGAAGAAUCCAGAAUGGCAAGGCAUUUUCGACGUCUCCUAUUGUUCAAGAGGUGCGUUCCCACAUCAUCCGAAGAGCCUAAAAUUGUGCUCUGGAGAAGCUUAUGCCUGAGGAAAUGGAAGCUGUUCGAGAUUACCCGAAACCACAGAAAGAUACUACACCGACAACGAAAAGAGGCCUGUGAAGUCGAAGCCUGCUGCAUAGUUGUGUCCCAAGACAACAGACGGAAGGCUGAUCUCAAGUAUCGAACACGUGUAAGAACCACUCCUCGGAAAAUAAUCUAAUUCAGUGCAGUUUAGACUGAAGCUGCUACUGUAAUCUAGUCAGGUUAGGUUAGGAGUCACGGCUCCUGACGUUAAAACGUGGUCACUUUGAGAGGGUCAAGCCAUUCAAAGAGGCACUGAAUUACCCAUUUUCAGAAUUACGACGGCUGGCUACGAUGGUCACAAUGCAAAUGUCACUUUCAGUAAAGUAAAAUAUCCACGGUAUAUGAUUUGAAGUUGUAGCGACGACUGAAUUCAGUAAAAUCAUCCGGGGCAAUCAGCGACGUCAAAUGGAUACACACAUGUCUGACUUCACGUCAGAAACCUGAUGAUGGGACCAGAGAUGGUUCCGUAAACCUUGGUUUCUUCGUGUCACCAUUUGACUCGGCUGCUUGUCCCAGUAGAUUUUACUGAAAAAUAUCCACUGGUCCGACCAAUUGAUUCAUUACAAAAGAAGUCACGUUUAUAGACGAAUUUCUUGCGUAUUUUUAGAUCAAAUCGUCCGUCAACUUGGGUUUUCUGUUUCGAACUGUCGGGUUUCCACUCUUGACUUCCGAAGGGAACAAAGUACGGUAUUUAAUCAGGGUGAAAUGGUAUUGAGUCUGCAGUUUUCGCUGCUGGAAGCACGUGCCUUGUGUUUUGCGUGCCUCUCGCUGACGCAACGACAGCUGUUUUAUGACGUCUAAACAAGUAAGCGGGUUGGAUUUUCGCUGGUCAGUCCUCAACUGUGUAGUGAAGAGUACUGUCGUGUCCGAUAGGAGUGGCGUAGUGAAUAAUUUUAUGCACAUUUCCGUGUAUUUUUGUUGGAAAGUUUGUGUGAAUGUACGAUCAUGUUAAUACAAAGUUAUAUUUCAAAGCUUCCACACCAAGUCGUUGAAUCGGACAUGUUCUUAUGUAAGCAGAGUACGAUCGGUGGUGGUCGCAGUUUAUGGGGCACUGCGUAGUCAGGAUCAAAAAAUAGUUUUUAGAGUGUACAGUUUCUUCAAGAAUCACGCGAAAAUGUGAAGAUGAACUAAGCAGGCCGAAUUUCUCAAAGCUUAAAGACGUUCUACAUUUCGAGUGUUUCGCGGAUGAUGCCGACGCUGUUUCAUUGGCUCCCCUGGACUGAAACGAAGCUGCAAGUUGCUCCAAGAAUACCAGCAUUGAAGAGAUGGAUUUUCCUGACCCUGAGGAGGAGUUUGACAUGAUGUAUGCAGAGGAGUUGGAGUUGAUGAGAGAACUAGAAGAUCAAUGCUCACAUGCGGAUAGGGGUUCAUGCCCCAAGUCAAAGCGCAGUUUGGACUUCUCGAGCCCCAAAGCACCAUCACCCGUGGCUCCAGCACUGGGGGUGAUGGAUGAUGUGGAGUUGCAGCUCCCAGAAGUUUUACCUGCAGCCCCACAGACUGACGUGGGUCUUCCUGGGGACAGUGACAGGAAGAGAAAAGUGACAGAGUUGUUUGGAGACAUUAGUGACAUGGAGCUUGAGGACCUGGACAGUUUGGACAGUCUUUGCGCAAAGAGACAGAGGCAAGCCACAGGGGAAACUGAUGCAGACCUCAUCAAGAGGAUCAAAGCACAAAGGCAACUGGUUCAAGCUCAGACACAGUCCCGGCAUGUCCUCGGCGACUCGCCACAUUCAGACGUGAACACCAGCAACGUAACAUGGAGGGUCCCUAGGUAUCCAUUUGUGUCUGUGGCUUGCAGGAAUGGAGAGAGGAUGUAUGUCAGACUGCGCUCCGAGGAAUACUUUGAACGACAGAUCAGUAGCAUCACGGCACAGAGCCGUACCAUGGGACUUUUGUCCAUCCCGUACCAGUCACUGUGGGACCAGGCCCAGCUUUAUAUACAGAAGAAGCUGGAUCAGGCAGAAGCUGACCAGAAUGCUACUGAGACUGCCACGGAGCCCAUUGACACUGGAUGUGCGACAGUGAGUGGUGAGGAGGACAAUGUUGACCUGUGGGUAGAGAAGUACAAACCGAAGAGCUACCUUGAACUCCUGAGUGAUGAGGGAGCCAACAGGACGUUGCUGCGCUGGCUCAAGCUGUGGGACAAGGUUGUGUUCAACUCAGAGAGGAAGAUAAAACACAAGGGCAAGCAGGAGGGCAAGAAGGAGAACUUCCAAAAGUUUGGCAGUGUGCUGAAUGAUGAGCUGGAUGAACAUGGCUGCCCGCAGCAGAAGGUGGCUCUUUUGUGUGGGCCCCCAGGCCUCGGGAAGACUACAUUGGCUCACAUGGUGGGCACACAUGCAGGUUACAAUGUAGUGGAGAUGAAUGCUAGUGAUGACAGGAGCCCAGAUGCGUUCCGGACCCAGUUGGAGGCAGCCACACAGAUGCGAUCUGUUAUGGGCACAGAACCAAGACCUAACUGCUUGGUGCUUGAUGAGAUUGACGGUGCGCCUUCGGCGUCCAUAGAUGUUCUCAUAAAAUUUGUGCUGGGGAGGGACACAGGCAAGGUUGCACAUGGCAAGAAGAAGAGGCGUGGCGGUGGCGUGUUGAAGCGGCCAGUCGUGUGCAUUUGUAAUGAUGUGUAUGUCCCAGCCCUGCGAUCGCUGAGACAAAUUGCACUCAUUGUCCAGUUUCCACCAACAGCUUCCUCAAGGUUGGCACAGCGACUGCUUGAAAUUGCUCGUAAACAACACAUGAAGACUGACAUGAGAGCGCUCGUGGCUCUUGCUGAGAAGUCCCACAACGACAUUCGCUCUUGUCUGUCUGUGCUUCACUUCUUCAAAUCACAGAAGAAGGACGUCCGCCUGGUCGACAUUCAGAAGAGCAGUAUUGGGCUGAAGGACGUACAGAAAGGCCUGUUCACUGUCUGGCGGGAGGUAUUUCAGAUACAGCGUCCAAAAAGGAAGACGUACAGCACGGCAUCAGUAGCCAGGAAUGGGAUACUGGAACCAAUGCCAGACCUGAACUCCCCAGAGAUGAAGUUCGGUGACAUGUCUCUUGCUUCAAGGAUGCACAGCGUUUUGCAAACUGUGCAGUCCUGCAGUGACUAUGACCGCCUCGUGCAAGGUGUCUACGAGAACUUCCUCAACAUGAGCUUCAGGGACAAUCACCUGAAUGCGGUGUCGCUCGGACUGGAAUGGUUCUGCGCCGCAGACGUGCUGAGCCACAAGAUCCACACGACGCAGAACUACGUUCUGAUGCCGUAUCAGCCAUUUGGAUUUGUGGCGUGGCACUUCCUCUUCGCCUCUCUCUCCUGGCCGAAGAUCGCGUACCCCAGCGCAGGCUACGAGAUGUCGGUGAGGGAGCAGAGGGCUCGACAGGUUCUGAAGGAGCUCAUGCGGGGGAUGGCACCCCUGGUGAGGAUGCACUCCGGCGCUGCUCAGCUCCGGUUUGACACUCUGCCCCUGCUGCUGCAGAUACUGGUCCCUGCACUUCGCCCAGUCAGCCUGCAGCUGUACAACGCUCAUGAGAAGAAGGAUCUGAAUCACGUGAUUAGCGUCAUGAUCGACUACAGCCUCAACUACGUCCAGGAACGCACACAAGACGGCAGCUACGUCUAUAAUCUGGACCCCAACAUUGAGGAGCUGACGCUGUUCCCCGGUCAGAAACCCGCUCGGUUCCUGGGCUACGGGUCCAAACAGAUGAUCUCUCGCGAGGUCGAGCUCGAGAAGAUGCGACGGACCGAGGCGAGGACGCAGAGUGACGGCGGUGCCAUCGAAACGGCGUCAAGCGGCAGAACCGUCUUGCCAAAUCAUCUGCAAACGCUGAAGCCGAAGACAGUCGCUGGUGAAGUGCAAUGCAGAGAUUUUUUCGGGCGCGUGGUCCAGCAGAGGAAGAAACCGACAGACGCAGGACAGACAGACGAGAUUGUGAAAAGUGACAUUUGGUAUCACUACAAGGAGGGUUUCAGCAAUGCAGUGCGCAGAUCGGUCAAGAUGCAGGACCUGCUGGGAGCCGGGAGAAUGUGAAGGAGAGGUUUGUGACGUCGUAAGACAUCCUGUGUUUUGUUGCAUGGGUGUGACAUGUCGCGAGAAUUGCAGAGGAAAAUUAAUUGAGAGACAAAGAUCUCGUUUUCGGGUAAAGUGAUGUUGGCAGAUCUAGAGCAACGGAUGCUGAGCAAAUUUUGAGUCCUCAGCUACAAGAAAAAAUGUUGCAAUUCU